AUGUUCAGCAGAAACCGCAACAGCCCUGAGAAGACCUCGGAAAGUGAGGACGCUGGUCGAUCAUCCUUUCCGAUCGUCAACCUUGACAGUAGUCAGGAUCCCGAACGCCAUGACACGAAACCAUUCCCACGAAUUGAAACGUACAGCGUGACGUCUACGCAGAACAGCAGCGUCCACUCUAUCCCAACUACAAGCAUCGACACAUCAGAUUCACCACUACCAGUGAAGCCCGUGCCAUUAACCCGGCUGCCUUCUGUGCAUACGAGAUAUAUGGAGAUGCUGUUGCAUUUGGAUGAAAUAUCGAGCACAUACAAUAUACUGGCUAGUGUAUUUGCCUGGAUCAUUUUGGCUGGCUUCCUCGUGGUUCCUGGCACUUUCACCACCUUCAAGAAAACCAAGACCUUUCAGGACCUCGACGACGACGACAGCAAUGAAGUGGCCCAUACCAUUGUGCACACUGUUGCACAUAUCGGCCUGCUUUGGCUCGCAGGGGCAUUCUGCGCUAUUGGAGCCCUAGGAUGUUUUUGGCUUUGGUUCCGCUGGAGGAAAAACUACAUCUGGCUCAUCAACAGAAUUUUCUUGCCUGUCACGCUCAACUCGGUCGCCGGCUUGAUCACGACCCUUGUCAAUGUCUACACCGCUCAGAAGGGUAUUUGGAGUGUAACGGCGAAGAUCACGGCUGUUGUUACGGGUUCUUGUGUUGCAGCGGGCGGGUUUUUAUUCGCCAUCUACAAUUUCUGGGCUUUGGCCAGGGUCAAGGAGGCGCAUGUGAGGGAUAUGGGCCUGGAGCUUCCAACGGAUGGCGAGACGUCGGUCAACAAGGUCAAGGCAAAGGGUUGA